CUACUUGCGAACCUGAACUAAGCAACAAUCCGUCUCUACUCCGCUUUCGACUUCUCUUACCUUAUGCACUUGAGCUUCGCCAUCGGUCAAAGUCUCAAUCCUUGCUCAUGGCAAGUCGAGCAAAGCCAACCUCACUUCUGCGUUUAACAAAGCCGACCUUGCUUCUAUAUUAAAUAAAGCUAGCCUGUCCCCUGCUCGAAGUGAUCAAGAUCAUGCCGCAGCCGGAGGCGGCCGGCGAUUGCGCCGUCCCAGUCAGGGGCAGAGUGCUGCUCAAGGCAUUCGACGGCGAGAUCAUAUGCAUGUGCUUCCUGAUGGAUCUCGCAACUCCGUCAAUCCCUCCGACGGGCCGGGCCGGGCUGGACCCGCCUCCGGCCCUGGGCCUGGUCCUGCCGCCAUCUCGACGCUGUGACAUGGUGCACCAGAUGAUUCGGCUCGUGCAGCGCUUGCAUGCCAACAAACGCAUCAUGCACGGCAACCUGAAGCUGGAGAACAUGGUGCUUCUCGACGACCACGACCACGACCAAGGCCAAGGCCAACAACUCUGGCUUUGCGAUUUCGCCAAGGGGCGGUUUCUGACAGAGAGGACGAGGGCCUCUGGAAACGGGGAGUUCGCUGGCAAUGACGAGGGUCUGAAGGAGAGGCAACGGAGGGGUGUGACGAUUGACGUGGACGAGGUGGAUGACCCGGAGGCUCUUAUCACCUUCCGCCCCAAGGGCUUCUGCACCAGCUCCGGGUACUGGCACACCGACUUCGGCGUCUACGGGUCGAUCGAGGCCAACGAGGGCUGCCGGGACAACAACAAGGUGCCGAGCAUGAACUGGCUGUACAUGGACUGGGGCAACAAGAGUGGCCAUCUCUGCUUCGACAACUAGCCCAGGCGCUGCAUCAGGAAGUUAUCCAAGUGGGCAGGAGGCGAGUAUGUCAUGUCUAGGUGGGACGAGGUUGCUUGCACGUGGUGAUGGAUAAGUUGGGACGGGAUCGGAGGGUUCAAAGCGGAAAAGCAUGGAUGGAUGGAUGAUGGAUGGAGUUCAGUUCCAAUUUUGCCUGGCGGCACUGGGCCUUUUUGGGACUACUGCCCAUGGCACCUUAGCUUAUCUUCAUGCCAUCCGCUCGCGACUUUCUCCAGGUACAGAGUAUGGCAGAGUGAAAAUGGGUGGGUUUUGAUUGGAGUGUGGUUUAGGCGGGCAUCUGAGGGUGAUUCUGCAUCUCCCUUCAUAAGGAGGUUGAAGGUGUCCUCCUCGGAUUCGACCAACGCUGUUUUGAAGUCAUUGAAAAUGUCACGUAAUCAAGAGAUG